AUGUGCAUAACGGUUGAUAAUGCUAGCUCAAAUGAUACUGCAAUUGGGUAUAUGAGAAGGAAAAUAAAUGGGUGGAAAACUAGGAUUCUUAAGGGUCGUCUCCUUCACAUGCGCUGUGUUGCACAUUUUGUUAAUUUGGUUGUUUCUGAUGGGUUGAAAACUGUUAAUGAGUCGGUUCAACGUGUUAGGCAUGCUAUUAGGUUUAUCAAACAAUCUCCUGCUAGGUUGCAAAGGUUUAAAAAAUGUGUCUUAGAUGAAAAAAUCAACACAAAAAAGGGAUUGUGCCUUGAUGUGCCUACUAGGUGGACCUCCACCUAUUUGAUGUUAAAUGCUGCUAUUGAGCUUGAGGAUGCUUUUGAGAACUAUUCUGAGGAAGACCCUCACUAUGUAGUUGAUUUGAAUGAGAGGGAUGGUAAGGGUAGCCCUGAUUCUGAUGAUUGGAAUAAUGUGAGAAGACUUUCUAAAUUUCUACAAGCCUUUUAUGAUCUGACCUUGCAUGUCUCUGGCUCUUUAUAUGUCACUUUGAAUUUGUUUUUUCAUGAAUCGGUGAGUGUUGUUGUACUUAUGAAAGAUUUGGUUUCAAGUGAUGAUCUAGAUAUGUGUCUUAUGGCUUGUAGAAUGAAAGAAAAAUAUGAAAAGUAUUGGGGUGAUCCAGAAAAAAUAAACCUCCUGAUUUUUAUUGUCGUUGUCCUUGAUCCUCAUUAUAAGGUUGAUUAUGUUGAGUGGAUGAUAACUGAAAUUUAUGAUCCUAUUAUUGAAUCAAAGUUGGUUGAUAAUGUGAAGGAAGCUUUGAAUGCUUUGUAUGAGGAGUAUCGUGUUUCUACUGCUAAUGAUGUGAAUAGGGAGGAAGUGUCUUCAGGUAAGGAUGACAAAACUCCAUUGAGACCCAAACAUAAGAAGAUUGAAGUCUUAAAGAAUAAGUAUAAGAAACACAAGUGUGAGAGGGAUGGAGAUGCAAAAAUAGAGUUAGACAAAUAUUUGGAGGAGGAUACGACGGAGGAUAUUGAUGAAUUUGACAUUUUGAGCUGGUGGAAGUUCAAUUGUUCAAGGUUUCCUACUGUGGGGAAAAUUUCCCGUGAUGUUCUUGCUGUCCCUGUUUCGACAGUAGCUUCUGAGAGUGCAUUCAGCACUGGGGGCAGGGUUCUAGAUCAGUUUAGGAGCUCAUUAACUCCCCGAGUUGUAGAAGGUCUUGUUUGUGCUCAAAAUUGA